AUGCCCACCGGACCAGCAGGCAACAGCGGCAGCAGCAGCAACAGCGGCAGCCUGGCGAGCGGCGGCGGCGGCGGCGGCAACAAGGUGCAACCCCGGCUGGAGAUCAACCUACUCAUGACGGGACCAGCCUAUGCCAAGCAGCGGGACCUAUUCCUGUGGGCGCUGCGGCGGCAGCAGGACAGGCCCCACGCCGACCCCCGCUCCUUCUACCAGCUGAUGGGAGUUCACGGCGUGCCGUUCCAGCCGUACAGGGGCCUGGCUCCACCCGGCCCCCCCUGCAACUCCACGCUGCAAUGGUGCGGCUACUGCCACCACGGCGACCACCUGUUCCCCACCUUCCACCGGGCCUACCUGCUCUUCCUGGAGCAGCAUCUGCAGCCGGAGGCGGCGGCGGCGGCGCGGGCCUAUGCCCGCGUGCUGCCGGGCCAGGCUCGGGCGUGGCGCCGUGCGGCGGCAGCCCUGCGCGUGCCGUACUGGGACUUUGCAUCGGGCGCGGCGGCGCGCGCCGGCAUCCCGCCCUUCUUUGAUGAAAUCACCGUGCUUAGCAUGCGUACCGGCAAGCCAACCAACAUCUCAAACCCGCUCAGGCAAUACCGCUUCCCGCUGCCCACCGGCCUGCCCGCCGACGAUUUUCCGAGGUUCAGCCCGCGGGGCACACUGACGCUCAGGUGGCCCCAGGCCGCUGCCAGUGGUUCAGCCAUGCGCAGCAACACCUCCGCCCUCAACGCCUCGGUGCUGGCACACAGCGGCGGCGCGUGGCGGGAAGGCGUGCGGCAGCUGCUGGCAGAGCCCGACUGGCACUGCUUCAGCAACCACGAGGCGCCGCUCAGGGAGCCCCAGCGCUGCCGGGCCCUUUCCUCCCUCGAGUUUGUGCACGACCUGCUGCACAGGGGCCUCGGGGGACCCAGCGGCCACCUGGCGCACACCAGCAUCGCCGCCUUUGACCCGCUGUUCACGCUGCUGCACGCCAGCAUGGAUCGUCUGCUGGCCAUGUGGCAGCUGGCCCACCCGCACGACUGGGUCAGCAGUGGCGUCGCCGGCGGCGGCACUCUCGCGGUGCCCAGGGGGAGCAAGGUGCGCUGA